AAGCAAUAGCAACAAAAGAAAUGUUGAAAGCAAUAUACAUACAUACCUAUAUAUGUACAUACAUAUGUGCAUACACUCGUUUGAGCAAAACUUCUAGUUGGGGAGCAGCAGCAGCAGCGAAUGCGAAUCGUUAGCCGCCAGCAGAGUAGCGCAGUAGUUGUGAAACGGUGGGCGAGUGUGUAACAAUUGAAAAACUCGCCAGAAGCGGUUUAGUGAAAAGUUAAGAAAUAAAUAUAAAAAACACAAUCAAAAAGUGCUAAUAAAAAUAAAAAAUUCUUUAUGAAAACCAUGAAAACUUUUAACAGUUUUGUGUUAAAAUUGCAACAGCUAAAUUAAGAAUAGUGAUAAAACAGCCAGAAAAAGCGAAACCAGUUCAAUUACAAUUCCUUACUUCGCGAAUUGGAAAAUAUGAAUAAAUUAAAUCGGUCUCAGUUUGCUUAAGUGCAAUGAACAAAUAUAUACAUUCACAUUCAUAUAUACUCGUACUCAAAAUUCCACACGAAGCUAGCAUAUGCACAACGAACAACCGAACAAAAGUACUGUUAUUUUGCAAUCUAUAAACUACAAAUGAGUGUAACACAAAACCCACCCACCACCCAAAUGAGCGGCGCUGGCGGAGUAAUUGAAAAGUUGCACAAGAAGAAUUGAAUUUGAAACAGAAAUCAACGAAAGCUACUCAUUUAACGGAGACACUUAGCGACAAGAAACACAUCAACGACAAUAACAAUGAAAUCAAUCUACACCGGCGCUAAGCAACAACUCAGCAGUUGUAUGCAACACGACAGUGAUGACACGCCGCCCGUUAUAUUGGUAGCAAACAACGAUUAUAAUCACCAACAACACAACCACAACCACAACCACAAUCGCAGCAAUCAUCAUCAGCUACACCAUAAUGGCUAUGAACAACCGACGUCGCUUACACAGCUAACAACAACAACAAAUCAUAGUAAUAGCAAUCAACAUCAUCAGCAUCACCACCAUCGUCAUCACAGCCGCAGCAACAAUAAUAAUGUACCAAAUAACAGCUUCAUUACAGCCGUUACAACGCCCAUAACGGGCACCAGCACUUACGAGACUCUGCAGCGUCCCUUCAAACACGAUCGUCGGCGCGGUCAAUGGUCAGCGACGGCCGAUUUCUAUUUCGCCUGCACAAGCCAUGCUUUCGGUUCGAUUAUCUUCUCGGAGGUGCCGGUUUAUGCGAUGAUCUUUGGCGGUGUUUUCUUCCUGCCUAUGUACUUGAUCGCCAUCAUUUUAUAUGCCAUUCCAAUUUUUAUUAUACAAACUUUUUUGGGUCAAUUUUCUACGUCCGGCUUGAUCUCGGCAUUUCGUGUGGCGCCACUAUUCAAAGGCAUCGGUUACUCCAUACUCUUGCUAAAUCUCAUUUCACUCGCCUACUAUGGCAUUGUGGCAGCUGUGCCGCUUAUCUAUGCUGCCAAUUCCGUGCACACUGUGAUACCUUGGAUGAGCUGUGAUAAUGCGUGGAAUACGCCCAAUUGUUCGACACACUCAACAUAUGAUGUUGAUGAGCUUGCGUUGGAUCCGCAUGCGACAGUGGAAUUUUUUCGCUACAUCAUUCUCUCCGACGAUAGCUCGCCACAUGAGUAUGUGAUAUCUUGGCCAGUUUUAUGCGGCACUGUGGGUGUGUGGCUGCUCACACUCGGCAUACUGCUUAAGCGUGUUUCAUUUAUCGGCAAGUUCUUUCGCUGCAUUUGUGUUAUUAUGUUCGCCGUUUUCUUGGCGAUUUUCGUACACCUUCUGUGCUAUAUAAAACUGGAUUGGGAAACCUUUGUGAGCUAUUUCAAGCCAACAUUAUCGAAUAGUUUUAAUGGUGUUUUGGGUGGCAUGCGCACAGCGAUUUUAAUGUCCACUUGGUUGCUCGGUCCCGGUUGGGGUAACGUUCUAACGCUGGCGAGCCAUAAUCGCUUCCACCGCGACAGCGAGAAGUUGACAUAUUGGGUUAGUGGCACACAUGUGCUGCUCGCUUUUAUGGCAAUGAUUUGUGGGCGUAUUGCUUUCGAUCACUUUGAAGAUCAUGUGGGCUUCCUGCAUUUCCACUUCGAUGAGGAGCAUUAUAUGCAAUUUCUUUAUCUCUGUUUCGCUUAUUUAUUUGGCAGUUUUACGACUCUACCGAAUUUCUGGUGUUUUCUAUUUUUCGGCAUGAUUUUUCUCGCGGAAUUAAGUGCGAUUAUUAUUCAAAUGAUGUCGGUGCUAACGGCUUUAUUUGAUGAGUAUGAGCAGUUGAGAACAAAGAAAUCACGCAUUACGAUCGCGUUGUCAUUGCUCAUGUUGGCUGCGUCAAUUUAUUUUUGCACCAAGAAGGGCUUCGAACAUCUUGAUCUUCUCCCGAACAUCGUCAUACUCUCGCAUUUGAUUAUCUCCAUCGUUUUACUGUUGAUGACGACUUGGAUUUACGGACGUGAACGCUUCCAAUGUGAUCUGCAAUUUAUGUUGGGCAAAACAAUAACGAGUUUUAAGAUAUUUCUCAUACGUUUUCUAACGCCAGCGUUUUUUGUGUUGAGCUUUAUACAAACUCUAUACUUUUUGGAGCGUGACAACUCGCCAACUGCACUUGUUAUCGUCAGUCAAUGUGUGAUAUAUGCCAUAGCACCUGCCUAUAUGAUUUAUAAAGUUUGCCAGACAAAUGGCACAUUGCGUAAUAGACUGAAACAAUGCUUUGCACCACAUGACUGGCAUCCCGUUGAUGCGGAUAAUCGUCGCUUCUAUGAAGAGAUUAUGGGCGUCUCCGAAAUGCUAGUAAUGGAUGGGGGCGAAGAGAACUGCGCUGUGAAUGCUUAAAAAAAAUAUUGCAUACAAACAUACAUACAUACACACAAGCAAAUGUAUAUCUAAAAAUAAUAGAAAUUAUAUUGAAAACAGAAUUAACGAACUGCAUAUUGAAAGCGACUCUAACUAGUUUAAAAAAUGAUCAAUUAUACCUACCCUAGCAUACGUGUAUAUAUAAAUGUCCAAAAAUGCAUGUAAAGCUUCUUCGAGAGCUGACAGAACUGGUUAACAAUAUUUCACUGUAACUCUUGAACACUCAUUAUGUGAAUUAAAUCCAAAUUAACUGCUAAGUGUCUUCACUUCACUGCAAAAUUGCAUAUAAAUAUGUUAAGAAUGGAUCUAAUAUUGGUCUCUGUAUGUAUGUAUGUUGGUAUGUAAGCGCUUUUAGAUGUUAAUUAUUUUAACGUAUAGACAAAUACAUUUACAUAUACAUAUGUAUGUUAUACAUGUACGUUAUGUUUAUGUAGCUAUUAAGUACACUUAAGGUAGAAAUUAUGAAAAAAAAUGCUUGUAGUUUUUUAAGCCGCCUUUUUUUAUAACGGAUUAUAAGUCAAUUUAUACAUUUACACGAAAUUAUUACAAAUAGAUAUUACAUUUAUAAAAUAUUGAAGUGAUAUACCAGCUAAGAAUACUCGAUAUUCAUACCAAUGCAUGUAUGUAUGUGUAUGUAGAAUAAUACUUAAUAAAUAACUGGCUACAUAUUAAGUUACAUAAGUCGAUAUUAUUCAAAUAAGUUAUAUAUAAAUUUAUGUAUAUGUACGUUGCGUAUGAUAUGUAUUUUUCAAUAUCAAUUGAGUUUGAACUUUGAAUUCGAUACGAAAUACAUAUUUAUAUUGAAAGAAUGAAA